UCUAAUCUUCUAGAAAAACAAAAAGUUUGAAGCUUUUUUUAGGCAUUUAGCUCCUCCUUCGCUUCCUUCGCCAACCCUGUAACACAAACCCAAACCCAGACCCAGACCCAGACCCAAAUCCAGCUCCAUCCAUGGCUAGCCUGUGGCGAGCCGCGAUGGGUCAGACCGACAAAUCAGACGAGUACGACGGCGUCGAGUUCUGGUCGAACCCAGAACGCACCGGGUGGCUCACCAAGCAAGGCGAGUACAUCAAGACAUGGCGGCGCCGGUGGUUCGUUUUGAAACAGGGGAAGCUCUUCUGGUUCAAGGAUUCCCACGUCACGCGCGCCUCCCCUCCGCGUGGCGUCAUUCCAGUGGCCACCUGCCUCACCGUCAAGGGAGCCGAGGAUAUUCUCAACAAGCAGUUCGCUUUCGAGCUGUCGACGAGGAACGACACCAUGUAUUUCAUCGCCGACUCGGAGAAGGAGAAGGAGGACUGGAUCAACUCGAUUGGAAGGUCCAUAGUGCAGCACUCGAGAUCGGUGACCGAUUCUGAGAUCGUUGAUUAUGAUAGCAAGAGAUAGAUUGGAGGUAAAAUGAACGACAGCCCUUUGAUUUGAUCUGAUAUCUGUGGUUGUACACGUGGCAUAAUCUAGUGAAUUUGCUUGUGUUUCUUGUAUAUUGUUGUCUAACUGGUAAAGAUAUAUUUUCUUCUUUGUUUUUCCUAUUAUGGGUUCAAGUGCUUGUGCUUUUUUUUUUUCUAUUCAGAAAAGGAAAUACUGCUUCCGUUUGGUAAGUAAUGAUCAAAUCAUUAAUUGGGUGAAGCUUGUUUUUCUUCAUUGAAGUGAUUAUGCAGCUGAAUUUCAGUGAGUAUUGAUUAAAGUUUUGUACUUAAUGAUUUCUUAUAGCUAUUUGUAUAUAUAUUGUCCGUACAAUCUGUUGAAUUAUGUGGUUGAGUCUAUGCUAAUCAGCUUUCACGCUGACAAGGGUUGUGUUCUGGUGAUGAACGUAGUAUAAGAAUAAGAAUGUGAAGAACAGUGUUGGAUA